AUGGCGCGAUUCAAUCUGCACUUGUACGGCAUCGCGGUAUUCGUUGCUGUGAGCCUUGUCUACGUUUUCCUAUCUCGGCCCUUUUCCUUCACUCCCCGCGUGGCAGACAUCUCAUACGGUCGCUUGCGCGAGAUCAAAGGCGAUCGUUUCCCCCGAUAUGCCAUCGCCACAUUCCUGAGCGAAGAUCCGUCCGAAGAAAACUCACCCGAAGACUAUUAUUUUUUAGCCACGCGCAUUCUGGCGUAUCAACUACUGCACGACCCGGCUACGAGAUGUAAUCGCACGAAUAUUCCUUUUGUGGUGCUGGUCACCGACGAAGUCAACGAGGCGAAGCGCAACCAGCUGACGCGCGAUGGCGCCAAGGUCGUGCGUGCACAGGAUAUCCCGUUAACUCGUUGGACUAGCACCGGCGCUACGCACUGGAAAAACCAAUUUAACAAGCUGCGUCUGCUUGAAAUGACGCAGUACGAUCGUGUCCUUUUUCUCGACGCCGAUACCAUCCUGACCCGCCCGAUUGACGGAAUCUUUAAUGAGCCUGAGUCACAAGUCGCCGCGACCUCGCUGCUGGUCGAACGACCAAAGCAGAUCCGCUGGGAUGAAGGUCAACCUCCCGCCGAAUACGUUUUCGCCGCACGAUCCGACAGUAGCAUAUCCGGCCAGCGGGAUCAUCCAUUCCCUCCAGAACGGACGGACGAGUUUGGCGCCGGAUUCUGGCUUGCCGCACCAUCUGAAGAGCUAUACCAAUAUUUUUUGAACGUAAUGAGUCAUUAUCACCGUUUCGAUCCGACGGCGAUAGAUAGGUCACUCCUGAAUUACGCAUUCCGUCGAGACGGCACGAUGCCCUGGCAGGAACUCAACUACACAUGGAGUGCAACGUGGCCAAACUCUCAUGAUGUAGAGGGAGGCGUUGUAUCUUUGCAUGAGAAAUUCUGGCGCGAGGGACCAGAUGAUUUGAAAGCCAGGUGGUUGGCAUUAAAGAAGAAGAUGGAAACUUAUCUAAGAGCAAGCUAG